AUGGAUGUGAAGACAGCUUUUCUGAACGGAUUCCUGAAAGAAGAUGUCUAUAUUGCUCAGCCUAAAGGUUUCAUUGAUCUACACUAUCCAGAUCAUGUGUUGUACCUUAAGAAGGCUUUAUAUGGAUUGAAGCAAGCACCUAGAGCUUGGAGUUCUACUCCAACAUACAUGGCAUUGAUACCUCUGUGCCUCAGUUCGCUAUGCGAUUCAGAGGGUGGUAAGCUAAACACUCCAUGCUCGGGUUUUGCAAAAGGCCCGAGAUUCCUUAACGUGGUGAUGACAUUCACUCUCACACCAUUGGCUCACUAUAACUCCAUCACUAAGCUACAUGUUCGUUUUCUUCUUUCUUUGAUGGAGGAUCUUACCAUUGAUUUUCCCUCUCAUUUCAUCACAUCUGUUAUUGAUGUCUAUCAGGAUACCACUACUUGUGAUAAGCCCAUCUUUCCUUCAGCUAUCACGCAGACCCUUCAGCACUUCUCCAUUCCUAUUCCUCUCUCUCCUCUCUUUAUUGUCAUGGGUGCCAUUAGUGCUGGUUUUGUCUGGCAGAGUAAGGCUCAACUUUAG